UUUUCUUGGGGGCAAAAAUUAAUUAUUAACUAAUCAACUUGCAGUCUUCUUGUUUUAGUACAGUAAUAAUAAUAAUUCAUUUUAUAUUUUGUGCUGCUAUCUCGUUCUUCUGUGACUCCGAGUCUUCUGUCUCUGUCGCUGCGGGUCUAUAUUCAACCAAAAGAAGCAACAGCGGCGAGAAGAAGAGGCAGAAUUCAGAUACGGGUAAUUGAAAGCUGAAAUAUAAUGAAAGGGGAAGAGAGAUAGCGAGGCGGUGUGGAAGAGAUUCUGAAACUGUGGUGUUUGUGUGUGCACGCACGUGUAGUCCAGGAAAGGAAAAGGGAAAGAGAGCAGAAUAGGCGUUGAUAGACCGUGGAAUCUUAUGGAAUCGCACGCAGAAUUUGUGAUUUUAGGGUCAGGGGUUUUUGCUUUCAGUCUUUUCUUGAGAGACUAAUUCCCCCUUUCUGCCCAUCACUCUUUUGCGUGCUUCGUACGGUCUAUCUACCCUCCACUCUGCUUAAACUUGUAUACUCCUUGAUCCUUGCUGUAGCUCUCACCCCGAAAGGCUUCGUCCUUUCUAUUGGCAAUCGCUUUGCCUUUCUCUAUCCCUUUUUUUCCCUUUUAUUUUUCUGUUUUAUUUACUUCUCUUGUUUGUUGUUAGUCAAUUCAACCGAGUAAUUUAAAGAAAUGGAGGAUGGGGGUAUUAGGGUUUCAGGGGCAAUUGAGGAUGACCCAGAAGUUACUCGCUCCUCUCCCUCCUAUUGGCUGGACGCUUGUGAGGACAUUUCCUGCGAUCUCAUUCACUUCGAUGAGGGGUCCCUAGUCUCGGAACAGGUCGAUAACAAUUUGAUACAGGAUGGACUGGUUAACGAUUUCUUCGGCGGCAUUGAUAGCAUUCUUGACAGUAUCAAGAACGGAAGUGGCCUCCCUUUGGCCACUGAGGCUGGAACUGGAAACCAAGACGGUGCGUUGGUACUGCAAGCUGAAAUCUUUGAUCAGAAAGAUAAUUUUGUGAAGAAUGGGUUGGCUGGUGAAAAACACGGUCGUGCUGUUGAAGCGUGCGAGCGUUCAGAAGCUGAAAGUAAUGGGUAUAAAGUAUCUAAUGGCAAUGAAGAAGGGAGAACUUUGGGUGAUUCUAAGGAAAAUGGAGGUGGCGAUCUAUCUAGGGAGCAUCAUGUGGAUGGUGAAGAAAGAUUUGGCAAGAGGGCUCGGCUUGGCAGUUACAAGAGUGAGAGGCUUUAUCCUGGCAGAGGGAAUUACCACCCCAAGGAAAGGGAGAGGUGUCCUAAUAGAAAGAGGCCCCGGGAAUGGGAUGAGGUUGAUAGGAAGGAAAAAGAUAGUGUCAGGAGAAGAGAAAAUUUUAAUGGUUGUGGUAGGAGAGAUGUUAGAGACAGGGAUUGGAGGGAUAGAGAAAGGGGUUACUGGGAGAGGGACAAGUCAGGUUCCAAUGACAUGGUCUUUCGCUUAGGCACUUGGGAAGCUGAUCGAAAUCGAGAACUUAAGGUCGCUAAUGACACUAAACAGGAAUUCAAUGGAAAGAUUGAGACGAAAACUGAGGAGCCAAAGGAGAGAGUUCCUGAGGAACAAGCUAGAAAGUACCAGUUGGAUGUUCUUGAGCAGGCAAAGCAGAGAAAUACUAUAGCUUUUCUUGAAACUGGGGCAGGAAAGACCCUCAUUGCUGUUCUUCUCAUUAAAAGUAUUCAUGAGAGCUUACAAAAGCAGAAUAGAAAAAUGCUUGCAGUAUUUUUGGUUCCCAAAGUACCACUUGUUUAUCAGCAAGCAGAAGUAAUUCGAGAACGAACUGGCUACCAAGUGGGUCACUACUGUGGAGAAAUGGGACAGGACUUCUGGGAUGCUCGAAGGUGGCAACGUGAAUUUGAAACGAAGCAGGUUCUAGUCAUGACAGCUCAAAUUCUUUUGAACAUUCUGAGGCACAGCAUUAUAAAAAUGGAAACAAUCAAUCUCCUGAUUCUGGAUGAAUGCCAUCAUGCUGUGAAGAAACAUCCUUAUUCACUGGUGAUGUCUGAGUUCUAUCAUACAACACCUAAAGAGAAGAGACCAACUGUAUUUGGAAUGACUGCUUCUCCUGUUAACUUGAAAGGUGUAUCCAGCCAAGUGGAUUGUGCAAUAAAAAUUCGAAAUCUUGAAAGUAAGCUAGAUUCUGUAGUUUGUACUAUUAAAGACCGUAAGGAGCUGGAGAAGCAUGUACCAAUGCCUUCUGAAGUUGUGGUGGAGUAUGACAAAGCAGCCAGUUUGUGUUACCUUCAUGAGCAGAUAAAGCAAAUGGAAGUUGAAGUUGAAGAAGCUGCAAAGUCAAGUUCAAGAAGAAGUAAAUGGCAGUUUAUGGGAGCUAGAGAUGCAGGAGCCAAAGAAGAGCUCCGUCAAGUAUAUGGUGUUUCUGAAAGAACAGAAAGUGAUGGAGCUGCAAACCUGAUUCAGAAAUUGAGAGCUAUCAAUUAUGCACUUGGCGAACUGGGUCAGUGGUGUGCUUAUAAGGUUGCACAUUCUUUUCUCUCAGCUUUGCAAAAUGAUGAGAGGGCAAACUACCAACUUGAUGUCAAGUUUCAGGAGUCCUAUCUGAAUAAAGUGGUGUCUCUUCUACAAUGUCAAUUGUCAGAGGGUGCAGCGUCUGACAAGAAUGCUGGAGUUUCUGACUCAGAAAGUGGUAUGGCACAGGGUGGUUCUGAACCUGAUGAGAUUGAGGAAGGGGAGCUUCCAGACAGUCAUGUUGUCUCUGGAGGGGAGCAUGUGGAUGUCAUUAUUGGAGCUGCUGUGGCGGAUGGCAAAGUGACCCCUAAGGUUCAGGCUCUGAUCAAAAUACUUCUCCAGUAUCAGCAUACAGAAGACUUUCGCAUCAUAUUUGUUGAGCGUGUUGUGUCUGCUUUAGUUCUACCCAAGGUAUUUGCAGAGCUUCCAUCUCUGAGUUUUGUUAGGUGUGCGAGCUUGAUUGGACACAACAAUAGUCAGGAAAUGAGGACCUCACAAAUGCAGGAUACAAUUGCUAGGUUUCGUGAUGGACGAAUUACAUUGUUAGUUGCCACUAGUGUUGCUGAAGAAGGACUUGAUAUACGGCAAUGCAAUGUUGUCAUUCGCUUUGACCUUGCAAAGACUGUUUUAGCAUACAUUCAAUCUAGAGGUCGUGCGAGAAAGCCUGGGUCUGAUUAUAUCUUGAUGGUUGAGAGGGGAAACUUGUCUCAUGAAGCAUUUCUAAAGAAUGCGAGGGAUAGUGAGGAGACGUUGCGGAGAGAAGCAAUAGAGAGAACAGACCUAAGUCAUCUUGCGGACACUUCAAGGUUGAUUUCAGUAGAUACAAGACCAGGAACUGUUUACCAGGUGGAGUCAACCGGUGCAGUUGUGAGCUUAAAUUCCGCUGUUGGUCUUAUUCACUUCUACUGCUCGCAAUUACCUAGUGACAGAUAUUCAAUUCUUCGUCCUGAGUUUAUUAUGGAGAAGCAUGAAAAACCGGGAGGUCCCACUGAAUAUUCUUGCAAGCUUCAAUUGCCAUGUAAUGCACCAUUUGAAAAUCUUGAUGGCCCUAUAUGCAGCUCAAUGCGCCUUGCUCAACAGGCUGUUUGUCUAGCUGCUUGCAAGAAGCUGCACGAGAUGGGAGCAUUCACUGAUAUGCUAUUGCCAGACAAAGGAAGUGGAGAAGAAAGGGAAAAGGCUGAGCAAAAUGAUGAAGGAGAUCCACUUCCAGGGACUGCUAGACAUAGAGAGUUUUAUCCUGAAGGUGUGGCAGACAUACUAAAGGGAGAAUGGAUCUUAUCUGGAAAAGAUACUUGCAGGAAUUCCGCAUUGCUUCAUCUUUAUAUGUAUGCUGUUAAGAGUGAAAACAUAGGCCAUUCAAAGGAUCCGUUCUUGACUCAAGUUUCGGAUUUUGCAGUACUUUUUGGCAGUGAGCUGGAUGCAGAGGUGUUAUCGAUGUCGAUGGAUCUAUUUAUCGCACGGACCAUGACUACAAAGGCAUCCCUUGUCUUUAGAGGGUCAAUAGACAUUACCGAGAGUCAGCUGGCAUCCUUGAAAAGUUUUCAUGUAAGAUUAAUGAGCAUUGUCCUGGAUGUGGAUGUUGAACCUUCCACUACUCCUUGGGAUUCUGCAAAAGCAUAUUUGUUUGUUCCAAUGGUUAGCGAUAAGUUUGUAGAUCCUAUGAACCAAAUUGACUGGCAUCUGGUUGAGACAGUGACUGAAACAGAUGCAUGGAAAAAUCCACUUCAGAAGGCUCGACCAGAUGUUUAUCUUGGCACAAAUGAGAGAACUUUAGGUGGAGAUAGAAGGGAAUAUGGAUUCGGGAAAUUGCGUCAUGGCAUGGCUUUUGGGCAAAAAUCACACCCAACCUAUGGAAUCAGAGGAGCUGUUGCACAGUUUGAUGUAGUAAAAGCUUCAGGAUUGGUUCCUAAUAGACAAGCCACGCAAAUGCAAAAGCAUGGUAAUAAGACUGCUCAAGGGAAAUUGAUGAUGGCAGAUACCUGUGCUAAUGCAGAGGAUCUGGUAGGGAGGAUAGUUACAGCUGCUCACUCGGGAAAGAGGUUUUAUGUUGAUUCAAUCCGCUAUGAUAUGACCGCAGAGAACUCUUUUCCUAGGAAAGAAGGCUAUCUUGGUCCUCUGGAGUACAGCUCAUAUGCUGACUACUACAAACAAAAGUAUGGUGUUGAUUUAAUUUACAAGCAGCAACCUCUUAUAAGAGGACGGGGUGUAUCAUACUGCAAGAAUCUUUUGUCCCCUCGAUUUGAGCACAGUGAAACACAUGAAGUUGAAUCUGAAGAGGCUCAUGACAAAACUUAUUAUGUCUUCCUUCCUCCUGAGCUAUGCCUUCUACACCCCCUGCCUGGAUCACUCGUUCGUGGGGCCCAGAGGCUGCCUUCAAUAAUGAGGAGGGUUGAAAGUAUGCUUCUGGCAAUUCAACUCAAGAACAUGAUAAAUUAUCCAGUCCAGUCUUCCAAGAUAUUGGAGGCCUUGACUGCUGCCUCCUGCCAGGAGACAUUCUGCUAUGAAAGGGCUGAGCUUCUAGGAGACGCAUAUCUCAAAUGGGUUGUUAGUAGAUUUCUUUUCCUAAAAUACCCACAGAAACAUGAAGGCCAGCUUACUAGGAUGAGGCAACAAAUGGUCAGUAACAUGAUAUUAUAUCAGUAUGCAUUGAGUAAAGGACUUCAAUCAUAUAUCCAAGCAGAUCGCUUUGCUCCAUCCAGAUGGGCUGCUCCAGGGGUGCUGCCUGUCUUUGAUGAGGAUACCAGGGAUGGAGAGUCAUCUUUAUUUGAUCAAGAGGGAUUGACUUCAAAGACGGAGAAGAUGAGUCAACUUUCUGAUGGAUUUGAGGAUGAUGAAAUGGAAGAUGGUGAGCUUGAGAGCGAUUCAAGUUCUUACAGAGUUCUAUCCAGCAAGACACUUGCAGAUGUUGUAGAAGCUCUGAUUGGGGUGUAUUAUGUUGAAGGUGGGAAAAAUGCUGCGAAUCAUCUUAUGAAAUGGAUUGGCAUUCAGAUAGAGUUUGAUCCUGACAAGAUGGAGUGUACGAGGAAACCAAAUACUGUUCCUGAGAGCAUACUUAGGAGUGUUGACUUUGAUGCUUUGGAAGGUGGUUUGAAUAUCGUGUUUAGAGACAAGGGGCUUCUUGUAGAAGCAAUAACUCAUGCAUCAAGACCAUCUUCUGGAGUAUCCUGUUAUCAGCGGUUGGAGUUUGUUGGUGAUGCUGUCUUGGAUCAUCUCAUUACUAGGCACUUGUUUUUCACUUACACAGAUUUGCCACCAGGACGUCUGACUGACCUUCGAGCUGCUGCUGUAAACAAUGAAAACUUUGCACGUGUUGCGGUUAAACACAAUCUUCAUGUCCAUCUUCGACAUGGGUCUAGUGCCCUAGAAAAACAGAUUACGGAAUUUGUAAAGGAAGUUCAAGAAGAAUUGUCAAAGCCAGGGUUUAACUCCUUUGGCUUGGGAGACUGCAAAGCACCCAAGGUCCUUGGUGACAUUGUUGAAUCUAUUGCUGGUGCCAUUUUUCUUGACAGCAGACGAGAUACUUCUGUUGUUUGGAAGGUUUUUCAGCCUCUUUUGCAUCCUAUGGUGACCCCUGAGACUCUGCCUAUGCAUCCUGUGCGGGAGCUACAAGAACGAUGCCAGCAGCAGGCAGAAGGCUUAGAAUAUAGAGCCUGUCGAAUUGGAAAUUUGGCUACUGUUGAAGUGUUCAUCGAUGGUGUGCAAGUUGGGGCUGCUCAAAAUCCUCAAAAGAAAAUGGCCCAGAAAUUAGCUGCCAGAAAUGCCCUUGCAGCUUUGAAAGAGAAGGAGGUAGCAAAAACUAAGGAAAAGGAUAAUGAAAAUGGUAAGAAGAAGAAUGGAAACCAGACAUUCACCAGACAAACAUUAAAUGACAUUUGUUUGCGGAGAAAUUGGCCUAUGCCAUUCUACCGGUGUGUGAAUGAGGGUGGUCCAGCACAUGCAAAGAGGUUUACAUUUGCAGUUCGUGUCAAUACUACUGAUAGAGGAUGGACAGAUGAAUGUGUUGGAGAGCCAAUGCCAAGUGUGAAGAAAGCGAAGGAUUCUGCUGCUGUUCUUCUCUUAGAAUUGCUAAAUAAAUUGUACUCAUAAAUGAUACAUUGAUUGUCAUCUGCAAACUACUUCCUUAGAACAUCAACCCUGUACCUUAGGCACUGAGCCUAAAAUUGUAGCCUUAUUCAAAUCCAAAUAUACCAAAUAAGUAUUACAGUUGAACUUGAGCAUUGAGUAAAUAGAAAUGACCAAAAGAUGUGCUUAUUAACCAA